ACGAAUGAAGACGAGGCUACAGGGGUUCAAUUACUUGAACAAAAUAUUUAUCCUAUUCAAGCCCUUUGCAUUGGCUAAAAAAACAAAGACAUUUGAAAAGGACCAUGUUUUUAAUUAGCACCGUUAUCGUUGGUAAUGUGACCGGAAGGGAAAGGAAGCAGCCAUGUCAGUCCCAUCUCUGUCACAGCUCAUUGAGAUUGGCAAACAAGCCAUUGAUAAAUGCUCAGAUGCUCUGAAUGAAGUUAGUCAGCAAAUAUGGAAUGAACCAGAGCUUGCUUUUGAAGAAAAGAACGCACACUUUGUGUUGACUUCCUUUUUUGAGUCUCAAGGUUUUCAAGUUUCAAAGCAGACACCACUUGAAACUUCCUUUAUUGCCAAGUAUGGACCUGAUGAUGGUGUCAAGGUCGGGGUAAUGUGUGAGUAUGAUGCACUUCCUGGAAUUGGUCAUGCUUGUGGUCACAACUUGAUUGCAGAAGCUGGUGCAGCAGCAGCAAUAGGACUGAAGGCUAUACUUGAAGCAAACCCAAGUAUUAAAGCCCAAGUUGUUGCCUUUGGAACACCAGCUGAAGAGGGAGGUGGUGGAAAAAUAGAUAUGAUUGAAAAGGGCUGUUUUGAUGACAUGGAUUUUUGCAUGAUGUCCCACCCCACACCAUUUGAUUCAGUCAUAUUUCAGUGUUUAGCUACCUGUCAACUUAAAGUUGUUUACCAUGGCAAAGAAGCUCAUGCUGCGGCUUGUCCUUGGGUAGCAAAGAAUGCUUUGGAUGCAGCCGUGCAAUGCUAUAACAACGCAAGCAUGUUGCGUCAGCAAAUGCUGCCUAGCUGUCGUAUUCAUGGGGUGAUACUAGACGGUGGAGUUAAGCCGAACAUAAUCCCACAGCGAUCAGAGCUACACUGGUACAUUCGAGGACCUAAAGCGUCAAUAAGAGAUGAAUUAAAAGAGCGUUUUCUUGGCUGCGUCCAUGGGGCUGCCUCAGCCACUGGAUGCACGGUUGAGGUAGAUGUUCUGGACAAACCUUACUCUGACAUAAAAGAGGCUCCAACACUAAACAGCUUGUACAAGAAACAUGCUGAAUCCCUAGGAGUCGUUUUUCCUGAUCUGGAGAAGUUGCCAAUAAAAGAUAUGGCGGCUUCUACAGACAUGGGUAAUGUAUCCUAUGUUAAACCAUCAAUUCAUCCUAUAUUUAGGAUUGGAGAUGUUAUGAAUCAUACUUUAGAAUUUACCAAAGCAGCAGGUUUGCCAGAGGCACAAGGCCCCACUCUUAAAUCAGGAAAAGCAAUGAUGAUGGUGGCUAUUGAAGUGCUGACAAGUGAUACAUUGCUGAAGAAGAUUAAGGAGGAAUUUUUAUCAACAUCUUAGACACAUUAAUGAUACGUAGAUUGUAGCCAGUUGAAAAUCAGUGCUCUCUACGUAAAGGUUUUAUAUUGGGCUUUAUAGAAAAUGGAAAUGUUUGAAAAUAUUGUCGCUAUAAAACAAAUAUUUUUCUAUCA